UCUCUACCAAACCCUACGAAAGAAAGGCUUUCUCUCAACAUUUCUUCCCUUUCUUCCUUUCUCAAUCUCAUCAAUUUCUUCCCUCUCUUCUCUGAUUAGUUGUCGUCCCCACCAUCACAGCCAUCUCUCAUACCCAGCUUGUGCUCGUUCGUCGUCGUAUUUCUUGUAUCAUUUAAAAAAUCUUCAUUCUCUCACUUUGCAUCUAACCAUUAGGAUGUGGCGCAAAAUUUCCUGUUCAAUGGCAUCGACGAGCUUGAAAGCAAAAGGUUUCUGAAUUACUUUCCGGAGUUUCGCUGCGAACAUGGUACAAUCAACACGAAACGUAGUAUGGCAGGAAAGUCUUACGAACAUCGACCUUGGGAUGAAAGAGGUGAAUUUAUUGGAGAUACUAUCAAAAGUUGAUGUGAUUAAGGGGGUUUCCCAUGUACAAAGUAGAAGAAUGGGCAGUAAACUGAAGUUUGAACUUGAGAGAUUUCUCAAUUUUGAUUUGUGUUCUUCUCCCUAUACUCAAACAAAUAAACACAAAGAAGGACGCUGAGCUAGAAACAGAGGCCAUGGUUCUGCUGUGACUUCAGUUUUCUGUUGUGUUGGCGCACUUGCUAUAAUGGGUUCUCUACAACAUAUUGACAAGGAUCUCCUUGUCUAGUGAUUAUGUGAGCGGCAAGUCAAAUCUGGAGGUCCUAGUGGUCGACCCGAGAAACUUCUUGAAUUUUUGCUACUCACGGUGGGUUCUUUGAAACUUGAUCAUGAUUGACAGAGUUUACUGGAUUAAUAAGGAAAAACUCAUUAAGUUCAUCUUAGACUGUCAGUUUGUUAAGCCAAAUCUUCUUUAUCUAGAUUGGAUUUAUGUAUAAGGGGUAAUUAUAUUGCUUUUAACGAAGUUAACUUCCAUAACAUAACAUAACUAUUGAAAGUUUCAGGACACAGAAAAUGAUGGUAUUUCAGACAGAUCGGAUGGUGCUGUUGAUGUCUACCACACGUGCUUGAACAGAAUUUUCUUGAGCAAAAAAAUAGUAUCCUCCAACGCUAUCGAUUGAAUUAAAUUAUUAUUCUUUCAGAGAUUAGACGAUGCAUGUCAUGGAGGGAUUUUAAGGAGUACAUUGAUUUGAACACCAACUUUAGACUUGCCUCUGAUUUUCUAGACAAGUAUAUAUUUCUGGCUGUUGGAAGAGUGGGUUCGAGCACUGAUCUAAUUGCUCAAAGAGUUGAGUAUGUUCAUGAACCUCACAAGAGAAGUCAUUUAUUGGACCUUCUUCACGCACAGAGGGCAAAUGGUGUGCAGGGCAAGCAAUCUCUUACUCUGGUUUUUGUGGAGACAAAGAAGGGAGCUGAUGCUCUUGAACAUUGGUUAUGCCUCAAUGGUUUUCCUGCCACUACCAUUCAUGGUGAUAGAACACAACAGGGAGCUAUCACUAAACAAAUGACUACAAUAGAAGAAAUGGUUGCAAGUGAGUACAAUUAGCCAGACCCUCAUCUUUAUGACAAGAUCUUGAAGAUGGUCAUUUGUGAAGCGUUCUAGUUUGCUAUUAGUUUCAGUUUUAGUUAUUGCUCUCUCAAUAUAUUCUUUUUCUUUCUUUCUUUCUUUCUUUUUUCCAAAGGAUGAUUAGUGUAUAAUAAUUAAGAUUCAUAAUUUCUUUGUCUUUGGAGCCAAGUUGUAUAUAAAUGUACACAUUAUUAAGAUUUCAUUU